CUUGACUAUCGAACCCGGUGCCACCUCUAAGACAGCCAACAGCUGAUUGUCACAUUAGAAUUGAAUUGGAAUUAGAUUAUGAAUUAUUUUAUCGCUUUUAUAACACAAAAGAUCGACUAACUAGCUUCCGAACAAGCACCCCCAACUCGAGGCACAUCUGGCAACACAAAGAGGCUGAGUGGAACUCCGAAACAUGAAUUUUCUGCGGCAAUCCUUUGGCAUUACGAAACAGUUGGCUUCCCAAGCCAUCCAGAGCAGCUAUGAGACCGCCAUCCGCGGAAUGGCAUCGCUGCAGCAGAUGCACCGCAGCGGACCGCACGUAAAGACGCGCCCGCCGCGCCAGCCGCUGGAUGGAAAGCCCUUCGCCAAGGGCGUCGUCCUGAAGACGCUGAUCAAGAAGCCCAAGAAGCCGAACUCGGCCAACCGAAAGUGCGUGCUGGUGCGCCUCUCCACCGGCAAGGAGAUGGUGGCCUACAUACCCGGCAUCGGGCACAACCUGCAGGAGCACAACAUCGUACUGUGCCGCGUGGGGCGUCUGCAGGAUGUGCCCGGCGUGAAGCUGAAGGCUGUGCGUGGCGUCUACGACUUGGCGCACGUCAUCAAGAAGAGCCAAUAGUUAUUAACCAACCGCUUGCUUUACCACGUUGUUCAAAUGCAUAACUCUACAAUCAACAGACGGAUAAA